UGCAUCUUGGAUCUAUCUUGGGUGCAUCUUGGGCCCAUCUUGGAUCUGUCUUGGGUCCAUCGUGGCUCCACCUUGGGUGCAGCCUCAGCCAGGCUCUUGCACUGCCCAAGGUGACUCCUUUGAAGGCCUUUCAGUAAAUCCCCACGUUACUCCUGUAACCCUGCCCAGCCGUGUUCCAGGUCACCUCUUGAGGCACCAGGUUAACCCUUUGUUUCCCCCGGCAGAGGCGGUGGGAGGGGACUCCCCCCUGCCCUGCCCGCCGCAGCCAUGGAGGGGGGAGUGCAGCUCCUGAACCGCGACGGGCACAGCAUCUCGCACAACUCCAAGCGCCACUACCACGACGCCUUCGUGUGCAUGAACCGCAUGCGGCAGCGGGGGCUGCUCUGCGACAUCGUCCUGCACGUGGCCACCAAGGAGAUCAAGGCCCACAAGGUGGUGCUGGCGUCCUGCAGCCCCUACUUCCACGCCAUGUUCACAAAUGAGAUGAGUGAGAGCCGCCAGACCCACGUGACACUGCAUGACAUCGACCCCCAGGCGCUGGAGCAGCUGGUGCAGUACGCCUACACGGCUGAGAUCGUGGUGGGAGAGGGGAAUGUGCAGACCCUUCUUCCUGCUGCCAGCCUGCUUCAGCUCAAUGGUGUGCGGGACGCUUGCUGCAAGUUCCUGCUCAGCCAGCUCGACCCCUCCAACUGCCUGGGCAUCCGGGGCUUUGCUGACACCCACUCCUGCAGCGACCUCCUCAAGUCUGCCCACAAGUACGUCCUCCAGCACUUCGUGGAGGUGUCCAAGACAGAGGAGUUCAUGUUGCUGCCCCUUAAACAGGUGCUGGACCUCAUUUCCAGCGACAGCCUCAACGUGCCCUCGGAGGAGGAGGUGUACAGGGCUGUGCUCAGCUGGGUCAAACACGACGUGGACAGCAGGAGACAGCACGUGCCCAGGCUCAUGAAGUGCGUGCGGCUGCCUCUGCUGAGCCGGGAUUUCCUCAUGAGCAACGUGGACACGGAGCUGCUGGUGCGGCACCACUCGGAGUGCAAGGACCUGCUCAUCGAGGCCCUCAAGUACCACCUGAUGCCCGAGCAGAGAGGGGUGCUGGGCAACAGCCGGACGCGGCCGCGGCGCUGCGAGGGGGCCAGCACCGUGCUCUUCGCUGUGGGUGGAGGGAGCCUGUUUGCCAUCCACGGCGACUGCGAGGCCUACGACACGCGCACGGACCGCUGGCACAUGGUGGCCUCCAUGUCCACGCGCCGGGCCCGCGUGGGCGUCGCGGCCAUCGGGAACAAGCUCUACGCCGUGGGCGGCUACGAUGGCACCUCUGACCUGGCCACAGUGGAGUCCUACGACCCUGUCACCAAUUCCUGGCAGCCCGAGGUGUCCAUGGGCACCAGGAGGAGCUGCCUGGGUGUGGCAGCCCUCCAUGGGCUCCUCUACGCUGCCGGGGGGUACGAUGGGGCCUCGUGCCUCAACAGUGCGGAGAGGUACGACCCCCUGACGGGCACCUGGACCUCCAUCGCUGCCAUGAGCACCCGGAGACGCUACGUCCGCGUGGCCACGCUAGAAGGCAACCUCUAUGCAGUCGGGGGCUACGACAGCUCAUCGCACUUAGCCACGGUGGAGAAGUACGAGCCCCAGAUCAACACCUGGACCCCCAUUGCCAACAUGCUGAGCCGCAGGAGCAGCGCGGGCGUGGCCGUGCUCGAGGGCAUGCUCUACGUGGCUGGUGGCAAUGAUGGCACCAGUUGCCUUAACUCCGUGGAGCGCUACAACCCCAAAUCCAACACCUGGGAGAGCGUGGCCCCCAUGAACAUCCGCAGGAGCACCCACGACCUGGUGGCCAUGGACGGGUGGCUUUACGCCGUGGGGGGCAACGACGGCAGCUCCAGCCUGAACUCCAUCGAGAAGUACAACCCCCGCACCAACAAGUGGGUGGCCGCCUCCUGCAUGUUCACCCGCCGCAGCAGCGUGGGGGUGGCCGUGCUGGAGCUCCUCAACUUCCCCCCGCCCUCCUCGCCCACCCUCUCGGUGUCCUCCACGAGCCUUUGACACCGAGCCCGGCCGUGCCCUGGCCCCGGGGGACAGCGGUGCCACCCGCUCGCUCUGAGCAGGGAGCACAAAUGCCAGCCCAGCCCUCCUGGGGGGCUCUCCCCGCUCUGGGGACACCCGCGGGGUCACCAGGGCCACCAAAUGUACUUCCAGGGCCGGCCCCUCCCUGGAGGGCGAGCAGAGGGGGCUCUCCCUCCGGCCAGACUCAUCCAGCGCCCCCCAAAAGCUCCUUUGGGCAAGGGGGAACCCGAACCAUUGCUGCUUCUGGGAUUGCCGUGCUCCAGCCGUGCCACCGGGCACUGCCAGCCCUGCGGUGGCCCCGGGGGACACGGCCCAUGUGCAACCCCCCUCUCCUCUGAAUGUCACUGUAGCCAAACUCAGCCCAAGCCUGUGUGCACUGCUCCGGACUCUGGGGCCGCUGCCCCGCUCCGAGGGUGUCUCUUUGAUGCCUUAACCACACCAAGAGAAGAAGCCCAGCCCAGGCACAGCCCUGCAGGAUGGGGAGGGUCCUGACCCCUCCAGUGCUCCCCUGACCCACUGGGAUCCCAGCUGAGCGUGGCUCUGGCCAGGCAGGUGGCCGCAGGGACCUUGGUGGCAUCGCUGCCAUCGCUGGCCUAGGCUCCAGGACUGGGACUCUCUGGGAAUGGCCUGGCCUGUUUGCUGUUCCCCUCUCUGCAAAGCAGAUUCUGGGUUUGUGGAAAGGAAUCAGUUCUUGGAAAAAGAACAGUCCAGCCUUCUGAACGAGAAGGGUUGCCUGGCAUUACUUUUCUGGGUAUUAAUUUUUUUAUUUGCCUUUUUUUAUUUGAACGCUAAUAUGAUUUCAUAUCCGUUUUCUUUUUUACACUGCCCCAGUAUUCCCCAUCCCCUCUGCUCUCGAGGCAGCAGAAGGGAUGCACUUCCUUUUCUCAUUUGUUGAGGAGAUGAUUCCUGUGCCCUGGAAGUUCUCUCUGAUGGGUGGGGUGUGUGCAUGUGUGAGAUGCCAAAAGCAGCACGGGAGAGACCGUUUCCAAUUAGCGACUCCCUGGCAAUUAAGCAACCACUUUAAUGAACUAAAGCUUGGAUAAAUUAGCACUGUAAGGCCUGUCCUAGAGCCAGGGCUCCCGUGGUGUGGUGUUUUCAGGGUGUGCUGUGUGUGUGAGCCGUGAGCUGAGGCACAGAUCAGGUGCUCUCCACACCACAGAGGAACAACUCUACCACUGGUACCUCAACCGUGUUCAAAUGUAGCAUUGGAAAUAUGGUCCAGCUGUUUGGAACUCAUUCCUUGCUCCUUUUUCCCCCCCUACUCCCCAUUUCUCACUCACAGAGCUCAGAUUUCACUCGUGUGGGACUUGUGGGCCUGAAUUUUCAAGUAGCAAGAGAUUUCUGCUUUAUGGGGGGCGAAAGAAGAGUUUAAAAUGAGACAGGGACUCCCCAACUUCAGAUCCUUUGCUGGCAGUCUGAUUUCCCCUGGUGCCUACAGGAUUUCCAAGCCCACUGGCAUCCUCCACAAGCCCACUCUCACAGUGCCUCACGUUGUACAUCUGGAAUUGCCAGCAGCUUCUGGAAAGCAGGGCUGCUUCCCCCUCCAGCCUCUCCCCAAGGACAGUCUGAGCUUCUCAGGCUGAGGAGGCCUUUUUGGCUUUUGGAACAAGCUCUAAAUCUUCUUUUUUGUCCCCUUGUCACUGCCCCAGCCUGUCACAGCUCAGCAGCUCCCCCGUCUCCCUGUCCUGCAGAGGCCCCUGCGAGUGUCCAGGCUCUGCAGUUGUCUCCUGGUCCAUGUGGGCUGCCCCAGGAAGGUCAGAGCAAUCUGCUUUGUUCAAAAACUGAUGAAACCAUUGAAAUCUGCUCUGUUUUGUGCAUGUGCCUCCACCCAAGUGAGCUCUCAACCCCUUUCCAUCCCAUUCCUGUAACCAGCAAAGGAAUUUCACUCUCCUGCUGGGCUCACAUCAAGGUGUCCCUGGCUCCAGGGUCUCCUUUGGAGGAGGAUCAGCCCAAAAGGCCCACGGAGGGGUGGAAGGGGCUGGUGCUGGGCUUGGCCCGAGGUGCUGAGGAGCUCAGGAGGAGUCAGGAACGAAGGGAGAGUGGAGCCCAGCCAGGAGCUGCAGUGCCGGAGCUGCUGAGGGGGAGACAGGGCUGGUUUCAAACAAGGAGUGAGAUGUGGCAGUGGCUCGGCCUCUGCUCCAGCUGGGGCUGCUGCAGAGGGAAGAGGGAGCUGUGCCUUGGGAGCAAAACCUGAGGGAAGUGACAAAUGCAGCAGCUGAGGGGAAUUUUGGUGCCACGUGCCCUUGGCCUCCGUUGGAAACUUCAGCGGCCGCGCUGCAAAUCCUGUGUGGUGCUGUCCUGCUUCCCGAGGAGCAGGGACAGGGGCAGAGUGACUCCUGUCCCCCCUGGCUGGGCCCUGAGCAAUAUCCCACUGAGCCUGAUCCCUGGGAACCCGGCGAGGAGGGAGCCUCUUGUCUCUGCUGCCCAAACUAUGCAGGUGCUCACUGCUCCCCUGUGCCGCAGGGAGGAGGGAGGAAAGGGCAAAACACUUCCCCAGCAUCUUCUGGGGGUCCCGAGCCCCCCGACCCACACUGUGUGGACACGAGGUGUCAGCGCCUGCCCUGGGAGAUGCCAGGGUGGGAUUGCUCCUGGUGCUGCACGUCCCCUGCCGAGGAGGAGGAGGAGGAGGAGGAGGAGGAGGAGGAGGAGGAGAGCUCGGAGGGGACGCGUGUCUGUGUCUGUCUGUCUGUAGCAACCCUGUCUGAGGGGAGGAGAACAACUCUGUGUGGCUUCCCUGCCAGUUUUAGUCCGUGGUGUCUCACCCAAGGUGUUCCUUGUCUGAAUUCCCAGCAGAGGAGCAUCCCCAGCUGGGGGGCUCCAGGCUCUGGGGGUUUUUCCCAGCAGGGCCAGGCAGAAGCCCCUGCCCUGAUUUGGGGACAGAGGCUGCCUUGGCCUCCCUGCUGGGCACACCUGGUCCAGAUCCAUGUCCAAGCGUUGUCACUUUGAUUUCUCUGUAACUUACCCGACUUUAUUUAUGUGGAACUCUGUUUCUCUGAAUUUUUUGCACUACGUGGGACUGGGGAGGGGAUACAAGCAAUAGAAGCCAACGUGUACAAUAAAGACAUUUUCUUGGACAGUGGAU